CCGCACCCCUACAUGCUCGCGGAGCUCGCGUACCAGCGCCUCGCGGGCGGCCGCGCGCCGGACCAGUCGAUCGUCGUGUCCGGCGAGUCCGGCGCGGGCAAGACGGAGACGUCCAAGAUCGUCGUCCACUACCUCACGCGGCGCGGCAGCGGCGGCAGGGAGCCCGCGGGGGCGGCGGACCUCGCGAGCCGCAUCAUCGCCGUGUCGCCCGUGCUCGAGGCCUUCGGCAACGCGAGCACGCACCGGAACCACAACAGCAGCCGCUUCGGCCGCUUCGUCAAGCUGCUGAUGACGCCGCGGGGCGACGGCGAGGCGGCGGACCUCGUGCUGAGCGGCGGCGAGCUCGAGACUUAUCUGUUGGAGAAGUCGCGCGUCGUCCGCCAGGGCCACGGCGAGCGGAACUUCCACGCGUUCCACAUGCUCCUC